UAUUGAUUUUAAUUUGCGUUAGAUAAUAAUCGUAUCGUCAGAAACGUUAUGAUUUUUACCUUCACCAGUAUUUUUUGAGUUUACCACUUACGCCAACCCACCCUCAACCUUAAAGGAUAUUUUAGUCCUUUUUUAGUGCAUAGAACAAACAAUUAAUAUUCGUAAUUGUACAAUUGUAAAUAUAGUAACAAUUGUUUAUAUCAUUACUAACUUUUGCACAUUUACGUAAGAAAUGUUUCUUUUAUGAACUUAAUACAAUAUUGAAACAACGCGCUUGAAAAUAUUCACAGUCGUGACUUGCAGUAAAUUGAUUAUCUACAAACAGAUUUUAUUUUGAAAAAUAAAACAAAUAUAGUAUUGUAAAAAAACUAAUUCUAAGGGGCUAUAAUGCAUUCGGUCGGCAUUCAUUCCGCUAUGGCAAUUAAGCGACAACGCAAACGGCGCGACGAACAGAAGAGAGCAAGGGAAAGACGAUACAGUACACAAAGCUCUGAAAGCGGAGAUACAUUUCACUCUCCAACUGGAUCCGUCAGGCGUAAAUAUCAACACUCUCAUGCGGCUCAGCCCCGACCUAGAAUGAUAGACAGCCAGGUGGUAACUAGUAUCGGAAUGCUUCAUAUUGGCAUUGUUUUUAUCGUUUUUGGAGUUUUCUUAUGUGGAGCUGGCAUAAUUCCAGAUGAAACUAUGUCAUGGACCGUUUUUAGUUCAAGUGCUGUUUGGUGGAACGAAGUAACAUGCACUGGCCUUUUUUCUUUCGGAUUGGGAUUAUUUUUAUUAAUUUUGAACUGUCUUAUAAGUAGAAAAGAGGAAGAAGACCUUGAGGAUUAUGUUCAACGUCAGCUUACUCGAUCGCGAUCUGGUCAUCGUCUUGAAAGAGAUGUUGAAACGGGUGUUCUAACUACUCGUCAUGCUAGAAAGGCCGUUGCCUUACAAAAAAAUUCGCCCACGGAUGUUUCUACUGUCGAUUGCUGCUCCACUGAAUCUAUUAACAAUGGACCUCUAGUUGGCAGAGGUGGUUUGAAUAGCUCAGGGGACGCGCUUCUGGAAAAAAUCGUGGAGGAAGAAGCCCCAUAUUUAAAUGACCGAAGCGCGGGAAUUUCUCCAAUAGAUAUUGAAAAUGAUACCAAACUCCUGUUGAGAAGAGAGUCUAUAAAAGGUGGCAUUGACAUAACUCGCAUGUAACAUGUUUCGUAUCUAAAAUAGUCACAAACAUUUUUUACCUAAAAAAAAAUUAGGGUUAAGUUUGAAAAAUAAUUCAAACAGUGCCCUUCAAUAAAUUAUUUUCCCUUUUCGAUAAAAUAGCUUAAUUGAAAAUUUAUAUAAAAUUUUUAAUAAAUAACAUAGUUAUUCAAUUUAUAUUAUACAGUACCAUUAAAUAGUGAAAUAAGCAAUUAAUAAGCCAAAUUUGUUCAACCACAGUGCUAGUAUCAUUUUAAAUUAGACCAAUAUAGAAUCUGACAGCUUUCAUAUUUAUUGAUAUUUAUCUUGACAUAUUUUUAAAAUAUUUAUAUUGACAUAUUUAAGUAAUUAUAUUGACAGAUUUUGAUUCGCUGAUAAGCAGUCUUUCUUGCGCAUAUGGUAAGGAAAAACUUAUCGUCAGCAGAAAAAAUACGAAACUGUCUCAAAAAACCUCAAAAAGAUGUUCUUUUGCCACUCUAAAAUAUAAAAAAACAAGAAAGGAAAGCUAACUUCGGGCAGAGCCGAAGUUGAUAUACCCUUGCAGUUCAGUCGCAGUCCGCUAGGUGGCGCACGCAUCUUAUAUUAUUAGAUAUA